AUGGACGCAGCUGCAGCUAGUUUAGCAACAUGGAAGACAGGGCAGGCAGUGUUUAGUUUGUUGGCUACGUUACAUCUGACGUCUUAUAAAUAUCCACCGACGUGUAAUCCAAAAGAUGGUGAAUACUUCGAUUAUAUAGUGGUUGGAUGUGGAACUGCAGGAAGUAUUAUAGCAAAUAGACUCACAGAAAAUGAAAACGUCAAUUAUCCAGGGUUAUUCCCUUUCACCGCGGAGACAAGUUACGAUUACAACUUUCCAACUGUGAACGACAAUUAUACUGGCCAGCUGCUUAGAGACAACUCAGUAAGAAUAACCGCAGGGAAAAUGUUAGGUGGGAGUAGCGGUCUGUCACAUUUCUUAGACGUCAGGGGGAACCCAUUCGAUUUUAGCCGUUGGGCUACUGCCGCAGGCGAAGACUCGUGGAACUAUGAAGGAUUGCUGCCAUAUUUCAUCAAAAGCGAAAAGGUCACGAAUGAAACCAUUCUUGAUUCUCCUACAGGAAAAUUUCAUGGUACUAAUGGAAAUGUGGAAGUUAACAUCGUUCACAGUAACAAUAAUGUAGACAUUAUUAACGCUUUUAAAGAACUCGGUCACAAAUACAAUGAAGAUAUAAACAGUAACGAAACAUUAGGUAUUACUGAGCCGUUUUAUUUUCUUGCAAACGGUAAACGUUCAGAUAUGGCAAGCGAAUAUAUAACUCCAAUCAAGCAAAGAAAAAAUCUGCACAUUUGGAAGGAAGCUACAGUCACUAAAAUAAAUUUUGAUUUAUUUAAAAACGCUGUCAGUGUAGAAGUAAUGGAUUCUAAAAACAAAAUUAAGACAAUAAACGCCAAUAAAGAAAUAUUACUAGCUGCUGGAAUUAUAAAAACUCCACAAUUAUUAAUGUUAUCAGGCAUAGGACCAAGAGACCAGUUACAGAAAUAUGGUAUUCCAGUCUUAUCCGAUUUGCCGGUGGGAAAGAAUCUUCAAGACCACGUUGUAGCACUAGCACUGCAUAAGUUAGAUCCGUCAAUCGCUAUUGAAACUCCGCCACCUCCAACAGAGUUUCCGACACCGUAUUUGCUCGUCAAUGCCAAUUUAGAUCCCAAGAAAUCCAUACCCGACUACCAAGUCAUUAAUAUUUUUUUACCCCAUGAUACAGGGGCAUUGAAUUUACUCUGUGGGGUUGUUUUAAAAUAUGAAAAUGAACUUUGCAAUCAAUUGUACAAGGCGAAUAUUGGAAGGAAUGCUUUAUUAUCUGUAAUUUAUAAGCAUCGUCCUUUAUCAUCCGGGGAAGUAACUUUGAACAGUAAAGACCCUCUUGCUACACCCACAAUAAAAAUGAAUUAUUACUCAGACAAGAAAGAUCUUGAAGAUAUGGUAGAAUAUGUACAUAAAUUCAGAGAAAUUGUUAACACGACGGUUUUACUAAAGAAAGGCGCUGAAUUUUUGGAUUUAGAUCUGAAAUCGUGUAAAGGUAUCGAUAAAGAUACUGAUGAAUAUUGGAAAUGCUAUAUUUUAAGUACGUCAGCCAGCAUAUAUCAUUUUAUAGGCACUUGUGCAUUGGGCACAGUCUUAGAUUCGAAACUUUCCGUUAAAGGUGUUAACAGACUUCGAGUUGUAGACGCUAGCGCUAUUCCUGAUAUACCAAGUGGAGAUAAUAUGGCUGCUCUGACAGCUUUCGUCGAAAGAGCUGCAGAUAUAAUUAAAUCGUAUGUAUAA